CGAUUACCCCAGUCAGAAAUCCGCUGUCGGAAAUUCAUGUGUCAACAUUUUCCAUAUACGAAAUCAUUAUCAAAGGAAAAUUGAAUUUGCAGGAUCACUAAUCAACCAUGAAUUACUUCACGCACAACCAGCAACACCAUGAUUACGAUCCCUCUUCUCAAAACCAACAAUCAUACGAUCAAUUCACCAAUAAUCCUUAUUCUUAUUCAUAUCCUUACCCGAACCCUCAAUUCGCCACUACCAUUCCUCCAUAUUCAUACCAGAAUCCCCCCGUACAACCAUCCCAGCACCAAGAACAAGAGCCUAAUCCACCUGGCGUAACGCCGCCGCCGCCGCCACAGGCUCUCCAGAAUUCCUAUUAUCAGUACAACCCUAAUGGCGGCGCCGCUGCUGUUCCGACUGCGGCCUCACAAUUGGGGGCGAUGGUUCAUCAGCCGAUUGUGCAACCCUUGUACGGAAGUGUAGGCUAUAUGGAUGGAAUGGUUCCUAGAGGAGAUCCCCAAACCCAACCUGAUCCAAAACUAAAUGUCUCGAGUUAUGUAUUUGGUGUUGAUGGAUACGUUGGAGGUCAUUCUUUGCCUAUGAAUGCAACAACACCUUAUCAGGACCAUUCAGCAACUACUUAUGGUGGAAUACACUUGCAAGGAGGGCCUUAUCAACUUCUGCCACAGCCUUCUGGUGAACCCCAUUAUGGUCAUCGAGCAAACGUAUCAGGCCGGACAAAUCGUGGUCGUGGACGCGGCAAAGGCUCUGUACAGCGGAAACAUGCAGGAGCGGUACAGUCUGGUGCAUCAAGUGUUGCUCAAACGCAGCCUUUGCAGGGUUCAGCUCAGUUGGUAUCUGUUUCUCCAGCUCCAAAAGUCGUGUCGUGUGAACUCUGCAAGAUUGAAUGCAAUACCCUUGAAGUUCUUCAACAGCACUUGAUUGGUAAAAAGCAUAAGAAAAAAUUGAAAGUCUUUGAAGAAUUGCAGAACCUCAACAAAAAGGUGACUAGUGGACAAGCUGAUCAGGUGCCUGCUACUGCUAUUCAAUCGAACUCCGAAGCCGUUUCAAUGCCUAACCUGGUUGAGGGGUCUGGCAACCAGCAACCUCAACAAGAAGUUUUACCUUCUCAAGAAAGUAAUGAGGAAAGUAAAGCUGCAGGAGAGAAACGCAAGGUAGAAGAGGCGGAACAUCCCGAAGAAUCAGCCAAAAAGGUUAGGGUGGAUGGGCAUGAACGCCUAGGACGUGGGCUCAAGCAUAAACUAAGGGGUGGUAAGAGCAACAGAAUGAUGAGGCCUUCUGCUAGGUCGAAAAGUUUGGUUCAACCGCCUAAACCAAAAGAAGUUACACCCUUAGUUUGUGAAUUGUGUAAUGCGAAGUGUGAAUCUCUCGUCGUUUUUCAAAGUCAUUUGGCAGGAAAGAAGCACAAAUCAAAAGCCAAGCGCUUCAUGAGCCAAGUUGAACAAGAACUUCCCCAAGCUCAAGGACCAGCAACGAUGCAAGGAUUCGGUGCCUACCAGGUUGCAUCUGCUCAACCAGAAUCCGUCGUAGCAGUCUCCGGAGGAGCUUUAUUUCCAGCGACUAUUGCUGCAGAAGGAACAGGAAACGUGGGAUGUCCGGUAACUGGAUCGAGUGUUCUUUAUCCCGGUGCAGAAAUGGUAGGCGUCGCUGCUGGUUUUGAGCAGGCAGUUUCGUGUGGAACAACCUUAUAUGGAGGUUCUUCGUCGGAGCAGAAUUCGUUAUUAGUAACACAGCCCCCUCCCAACUGAGCUCUCAUUUCGGAGAUUGUGGAAGCAAGAUUUUUAGCUUCUGGCAUGAAUGAGGAGUGCAACUACAGCUGUUGCAUCUUUUGCUCUCUGCAUAUUUUCUUGUGAUUGAAUUUUGAAUUCAAAUAACCUAAUUAGUUUCAGCAUUUUAUAUUUGGGAACAAAAUUGAGACUCUUUUUUUAUGGGUUAACUUUAUCAAACAAUGAUACUUUCUGCAUAA